AGGUGAUAGGCGUGCUGAGUUGCAGUAGUCGUCCACACUGCAGCACCAGAGUGAUUUAUUAUGGUCAUCGCUUGCAUGACUUUAACGAAGCAGCCUUGAAGCCGGAAGUUGAUGUAGGAACUCUGCAUCUAAGUAAAGUAUUGGUCAAUGAGCCUCCUUUUUUGAAAUGUCUGCGUCUGCCAUAAACCUUCCGCCCGACCCCGGAGUGGUUGCAGAGCAGGAAACCGACAUGCCGCCAGCGCAGCUUCGGCAGCGAAAUUUCUCUAAGUCGGCGGAUGAUGAAAAUGCUGCUGCGCUGCACCCUGAUCAGACUGCCGCUGCACGCAAGAAAGUGGGACCUGCACUUUCCUCAAGAAAAGAGACGCAGCAGCUGGAAGAAGAGAGUGAGGAGCUAGGGCCAGACCAAGAGACAACGAUCCGCCAAGCUGAGGACAAUACCGCCGAGGACGGAGCUGAUGUUCCUCUUCUGGAACGAGAACACCGGGUUUCUGAUGAGCACAGUAGACCACGUUCUGCUAGCGAGGACGACGGUGAUGAAGAAAAAAAAACCAACAGGGCGGCAACAUCGCUGCUCAACUUGUUCGAAGCAAUGUGGAAGAGACGAGGACAGGUGGCCCUGUUGCUUGUCGGAGUGGCCGUGGACAGGUUCCUUCUAACGUCCUCUCGUGAAGAAGACCCUGCCGCAUCAACAUCAACUGCAUCCGAUCCCCAUGGCUCCUUGGUGGAGACCAAAGCGGCAGGCUCUACUUUUGACUCCGAGCAUCGACGUGACACCGAGGACCAGGAGGAUGGCGUGUUCGAUAGCGCGGAACUAGAAGAGCCUGCGGUGGCUCACAUGCGUGAUGUGCCACAAGGUGAAGGGAUCCUGAACUUUGACCGCGGCACUGGUACGCCGACACGUCUGCAGAGCGAUCGCGACCUGUUAGCCUCAAAGGAACAAGCGCAGCAAAAUGACGGUGCUGCAAUGAUGAAGCAGGCUGCGAGGAUACAAAGUAAGUCCGGAAGCAGGCUGCAGCCACGAGAAGAGCAGGAGUCGCCAACGUCGGCCGUAAUGCAGCUCCAAGAUGGCGGCGCGACAAGGAUGAAAAGGCAACAAAUUUCGGGCAGGAGGAGCGAAACAAAAACAACCGCGGAAACACAACCAAGCGACAGCGAAUCACAAAGAGAAACAGGCGCGACCAGUAGAAGCACGACAUCAAAGUCGAAGGCAGCAAAAAAACGGAAGGGGAAUCAAGAAAAACCAAAGAGAGCCGAGCAGGCUGGAAAGCCCAGCGAGGAAGAAGUAGAAAAUGAAGAGCCGGCCCUUUCAUCAUCUUCCACAGCCUUCUUGAAAGUAGCGCAGCACGACGUGGAGCCCCCGUUACGGACAGACAAGCAUUUGAUUCUGGACCGCAACGACGAGAUCGUCAUUCUUCAGGGGACCAAUUGGGCCGCGCACUGGGCCACCGGUACGCCGCUCACAUUUCGCUACCUUACACUCCAGGAAGUCGCGGAUUUUCUUGUGAGUCAGAACUUCAACCACGUUCGUUUGACUUUCAGCCUGGAUAGCCUUUUUGGCUUGAUUCAAUUUGACACAGAGCAGGAAUUCGAAGCGCACAUCCGCCACUGGUUUCGGGCGGACCAGCCGCUUGCAGAGAAGGUAAUUGCGUUCCAAAAGAAUGCUGCGCAACUAGACCACCAGCAGCAGGAUAACAUCGCGGAUUACGACGUCCACUACGACGAGACCCUUUUGGCGGACGAGGCAAAGUUCACCGACGCGCUCAGACAGUAUGUUGACAAGUCCUGGUCCUUCUUCCUGUUAUCCGAAAUCGUGAAGGUUCUCACCGAGAGGAAAAUUAUGGUGAUCCUGAACAACCACGUGUCGAUGGCCGGGCCCUGCUGCUCCCUGGCUGGAAGGGUGGACGGGAACGAGUACUGGUUUAACGGCGACGACUUUUCGCCGGACCCGACCUACGCCCAUCCCUCGAACGGGCAGGCGUACAACGAAAAGAAGUUGCACAAGCAGUACGGCCUCCCCUGUAUGGCGCUCUCAAGUUGGACGCUGGUCACUGUUGCAAGCAUCACUGUAGUUCCUUGAUUUGCCACACAGAGCCUCUACCAGCAUCAGCAUGCUCAAGCUGGCUUGCCUGACUGCUCCGUGCCAGAUUUGUAACUGAAAGAGCACAUAGCCCCGCGAUUGCUUUAGCGGCUCUGCCAUUUUAGAAAUCGUCAAAGAGAGAUCAUGCAACAGCGAUCAAUGUAACGCUCGAGGAGGUCGCCAUACCCCUAAUCAAGAACUUUUACAGCGAGCGCUCGUGGCUGUCGCACGUGAGCAUCAUCGCCCGGCGGUUUCACGGGAACCGUUUUGUGGUGGGUUUCGACCUGCGAAAUGAGGUGCGGUCCCCCUUCCCCGAGGGUGGUUUUCUCUCCUAUCUUGAAAACGGAGAGGUGCCACUUUUCUGGUCGUCUUCACCUGAAAAAGCGAAUGACCACCUGGACAGUAAACAGAUGGAAGAACGAGAUCAGGACAGUCAUAGCGACGCCAGGAGUGGAACUACAUCGGAAAAUGAAACAUCAAGAGCACGCAAGCGGUAUCACGGAUGCUUUGACUGGGCCACUGCGGCGACGAAAGCCGGGCAUCGGGUCCUCCACGAGAACCCGACUGCUCUUGUAUUUGUGGAGCUUCUGCAGUUUGCGAUGUACCUUCCUGCAGGCGAGUCGCGAUCUCGGUCGGGGGCACUGCACAAGAUAUUUCCAGGACGGAUAGUUUACUCCAUUCACGAGUACCGACGGUUCUGGUGGCCAUGGUUUUUCUCGGAUGCUGGAGAUUUUCCGUCUGACCUCUUUGGAAAUCUAGGGAAGGGCGAUUUCGGGACGACCGCUGUGGAUUUCGGUAAACUCCUGCAAAGUGCUAUGCAGCAGCUGCCGAACUGGAACGAAUUUCUCGACUACAAAGACCGGAUGUUUGGCCACGUGUACGGACUUGCCCCGCUCUGGAUUUCCGAACUCGGCGGCGGCGACAUUUCGGACGAUCUGCAGCUACAAUACGCGGGGGGCAACGCCGCCACGAGCUCGGAACUACUCCGCCAAGAGGGCGAGGCAGAGCGGCAGCGAGAGGACAGAAGUCACCUGUCUCCCUGCCCAGCUACAAGUGGGAAUAGCGGCGCAGUAAAGACAAGCGCGGACAAAAAGGGCGCUGCCGCGACCACGACAAGCCUCCUUGAUAUUCUGCAAGCAUCUUCGAGGGCCAAUACGCACUACACAUUUACCGAACACGACGCGCAGAAUGUACGACGAGGAAACGCGGCUACCUCAGCGCCAGUAUUAUUCUUCGUGUUACAUCAUGAUCAUGUAAGAGUAAGGCGAUCUCGAUGCUAGGACAUUCAAGGUGUGGCUGUCUCGUGCAUGGUCGCCAUAAUAUGCAGAAAGCUCACGAACGUUCUAUCCUGGUCGUUUUUAUUUGGCCACCUCCCGCGCAAAGCGACCGGAAGCUAUGAAGCGUUUGCAUGCAAAAGAAGUUUUUUACAGAUACAGAGACAGACCCAAGAGGUGGCGCGGAGCGACAGCCGGAACUGGGCCACGCAGGGCCCUCCCUAAGACGGAGGGCAAGCGUGCCGGCGUCGGUGUCGGUGUGUCUAUUGUGCUUCUUCGUGGCCUACACAUUUGCCGCGCCAAGUGCCCGGGGGCGUCCCCGUUGGCCCCUAUUAGAAAGGGUCCAGGACGCCCCCCCUACCAGGGACUAACUCCAUUGAUUCCUUUUGUCCUGUCCAGAUUCCCGGACUCCUUUUUGGCCACUACAUGCUGUUCUGCUAAAAGUGCUGUGACUGUCGGCAUUCGUACGACUGCAGCGUGCGUGUUUGGAAAUUUCCUCUGGAUACCGAGCCCGCAGGCGCCGGCUGUCGGCACUUAUCCCCUUACUGUAGCCAAGGCGCUUGUGCAUCAGCAGGAACGCGAGCAGCGCACGGAGCGCGUUCGGGAUGCUGCCUUCCAGGGGCGGUGCGAUGAAUCCACCAGCCGCAGCUCUGCCACCCGAGGAGAAGUGUCCGAGCCCCUGGGCACCAGAGAGCAAGCUCUAGCACGAGUAACCUUCGAGGUCCUCUUAAUGGAGCUUCUGACUGGCGGCCUUCGGGGGGAAACCGCGUCCGCGGAAUCGGGAACUAAUUUUUUUCCGUCGGGCAAGCGCUUCCUGAAGAGUCUGACACGCUCCGUCUUAGGGCGUUUACAUAUCGAUCCCCAGCAUGCCAAUCACGAUGCCGAUUCGAAACAGAAGACCGUGGCUGGAACUCAAACAUCGUACGAAAAAGAUUAAGGGGCUUCACUGUAGUUUGCAACGGAUGCGUCACAAAUUUGAGCAGCACACAAAAGAAAAGCUGCCGUCCGUGCUUCGUGAGGGGAAAAAAGGCAAGAAUCCAUUGUCUUGCAUGUGUAGCAAAACACACACAACUUUUGUACUGCGUCCUCUGCUCCCCUUGCUUGAAGCAUCAUGUUUUUUGCGAUAUCAGACCACUCACUGAAAUUCACAAAAGCGGAUUAUCCAGCACUGCAGAUAUGUAGUGUAGGUCUGCUGGAAGAUUGUCUUUGUAAAUGAUAAUUGUGUAGCUAACAGUAAACACAUAGCAUAUGCAUACAUAGUCAGACUACACCAGACAGGUCAAGAGGUGGACACAUUUUUCAGCGACUCGCUGUUCCGUAAGCUUUUGCCUCCCUGGUUGACAACGUUGACAGGUCGCGUUGUUGUAUGGCACACAAAAUGCGUUGCACCAAAACUAUCGCCAUACGCAUGUUGACAGAUACUUCUCUCGUACGGUGGGCCGAUAUAAUUAUUCCAAUUUUCCAGACGUAGAGCUAGACAUAUUUGCAAUGCAGAUGAAACUGGACCAGAGCGAGACAAAAAAGGGCCAGCUUUAGCGGGAACUGAAAAAGAGACAACUUUUUCCGCCCUCACUUCUGUCACUUUCGACCCACAAGCUGCGCGACGGACGUUGGCGCGACUGUAUCCCAAAACGAGAACGCGAGAAAACACUACUAGCCAUGACCGCGCUGCAGCAGACGGCCUAUCUUCUUCCGGUGCUGACGUCAGCCAGGUUUUGCUCUUACUGAACAACACCGUCACUCCAUUGAUUAACGAGUUUGACGUUUCUGGAAGAGGUCUGCGGAUCGGGUACACGAACACAGGGAGCACAAUUGAUCUGCGUGUCGUCAAGAAAAACGCGUCGCUUUUCCGUCGCCAAGUGGCUGAUUACCGGGAAGGAAAAAUCGCUCUAGACCUAGAGGGCCACGGGAAUGCCGGCGAGGAGCGGAAACGAGAACGCGCCGAAAGACACGACCGGGGGGAAAGCGAUAACCCACAGGACGAGGAUCAACGCAAGCUCUUCCAUGAAGCGAACACGAUGCAUGGCGACAGCUCCCAGGUGCUUCCGGAUCAGCCCAAGCGUGAGCAUGGCGAGAACGUUGGCACACUGCCGAGCGUGGCGCUGCGGGAGUUGCAAGCUUUGGGAGCAAAGCUGCAAGUCGGCCCGCUUUUGCACCUUCGCAGCGCUAUACAGAAAUCUACAUUAAACUUAUGCACCAGGAGCACGGUAAAUAUCUCUACUGUGUCUGGAAAGAACUUGCGAGACUGUCAGGGGUCGCUGACAGGAUCAAGGCAAAAUCUGUCAUCAUGCAAGUGCCCUUUCUUCGGUUAUUUUAUUAUUUACCGGCAUUGAUUCAAAAUGUUGGUCAUGGAAAUCGAUCCCGCACACACGUAACACGAUCGCCCCAUGAUGUCUACGAACCGUGAGGAUCGUGGUGUCAGAGUACAUAUCCAAGAUUUGUAAGAAAUUCCACGUCUCAGAAGCGGGCAAGCCGGUCCACUCGCCAAACUUCGAUGAGUCUGAACUCGCUAAAGAAGUUGAAGGAGCUAAAGUUAUUGAAGGCUUUCCCCUUCGAGAGGUCGUUGGCUCUCUGCAGUGGGCUGCAACCACUUGCAGGGUAGACAUUGCUGUCCCGGUUGCCACUGUCGCGAGAUACGUAGGCAAGCCGGCGACUCGGCCUGUCGUAAACGCCUGUAAGAAGAUUCUGAAGUAUCUACUGACAACGAAGGAGCAGGGUCUGUCGUAUAGUCCGGAAAUUGAGGAGGAAUUCAACAGAAUCUACAGCAAGCUACUGCCCGAAGGGAGAGACUUGCCUGAUGUGAAUCUGUUUUCGGAUGUUAGUUUUGCGAAUUGUUGCAAGACCAUGCGAAGCACUAGUGGUAGCAUUAUGUACUUCCGCGGCUUCCCGAUCUGUUGGCGUAGCAACCGGCAGACCGUGAGGGCGUACUCCACGGCGGAGGCGGAGUAUAUAGCUGCUUCCGACACUAUUGUGCUGAGCGAGCAGAAUGACUUUACAGAGUUCUUCAAACCUCUACCCACUGUCAUGGUGGAAAAGCAGAAUGGCUUAUCUCCCUCCCUGGAUGAUGCCAUAUUGUGGAUCGGCAACCAGUCCGCGAUAACUACAGCUAAGAGCACAGACAACAAACCGAAAUCGAGGCACUACGCACUGCGAUAUCUCCGCGGGAGAGACGCAGCGAGCCAGAUCAUGUUCUGCCCGACCUACCUAAUGAAGGCAGACGGUCUCACGAAGCUCGGGUGUAGUGUGCCGCAGAGACGCUUACUUUUGCACCAUAUUGAUAACCCCGACCCUAAGUCUUUUAUUUGUGACUCCUCUGACGAUGAGGAUGAUUUAGACACUUUUAUUGAGGGGAAUCAUAAGAAGGGCAGGGCUAAAGUAGGCUAUACUUAUUCUUUCGAUUUAUUUUGGUUUCUCGAUAGGCACAGCGCUCAGGAGGGGAGUGUGGUAGGAUUAUUCCUGAUUAGCACCGCCGCCGCAGCGAUUGAGGAGCGAGGGGUGUUGGUCAUGGAAAUCGAUCCCGCACACACGUAACACGAUCGCCCCAAAUGAAGCCUGUUCCAUGAUGAAAAUGACUGAAGGUUCUGACUCAAAUCGACCCCGUGACAUGCUGUUUCGUUCAGAUUUUACCUAGACCAGCCGUCCUUGGUAAAAUCUUGAGCAAGGACCACGGUCCUGAGUAAAAUCGUCAGCCAGGCUCUGUAGCUGGUGACGUGAUCCUUCUCUCAAGUGAUCCCAAGUAGCUCUCCAGAUUGUCCGCGCUUUGGGCAGGUCUCCCGACCUAUACCAAGCCCGGGUCAACACUUUAUCUGGGACCCCGUCCCCUGAUCAAAACUUUAUCUGGGACCCCGUCCCCUGCUCAAAACUUUAUCCGGGUCCGCCGUCCUUGAUAAAAUCUUUACCAAGGCCCGAGGUCCUGAAUAAACUAGCUACCUACGAAGCGGAUCUAGGCCCUGGAAUGUGUUGAAUCUGGUGAGACUGAUGCAAGAAUCUUGGUGAAUUUGGAUGAUUUGAGCUACAGGAUGUAACGCAGCAAGAGACUUGCGUCACUUGCUUGCUUAUGUGCAAUUGAGAAAUCAUUCAUCUGCUGUUGAUAACGAGCUCAGUGGAGCAAACGUGUGUAAGUGUGUGCGAGUGUUCUCAAGUCCACUAACACAAAAAGAUAGUGAUGCUUUUGCCAUGCAGUACUUACACAGCAUUUUACGCAAGAGAAAUUGGCUGAAGAGCAAGAAGCUGGGCCUCAUGCCUAGCCCCGCAUUUCUGGAGGUGCGGCUUAUCAUUUUUCGCGCAUUAUAUAUCUACAUCUUUCAUCUUCUUCGUCUUCCAGACCGAGACAUUUACUUAUAAAAAGAUAUUUUCAUGCAUGCAACUACUUUGAUGACGGCGGCAAGGAUCGAGCUGGCGCUCGCCUCUACUGGUCGAUGGUUCAAAGCCUGCUCGUCUACACUGGGAUCAGUUGGAGCUACUGGCACCUAGAUGGGGUGACGCUGGGCCCGAACCCCAAAGCGCUAGGCCCCGGGACGAACUCCCAACUCGGAGUGAAUCAGCUGACACAAGAUAGCUAUGGCAUACUGAACGUGCACAUUCAGCAGCGGGCUUCGGAGGCGGCACAGAUGCAAACACUAUUCGGGCUGAGGCAUGAGGUGCUUCGUGCGCAUCUACCGGAAACUGAGAGACGGGAGAUCUGGACCAGUUCUACCAGUGAACAAGCUGGGCGCACUUCUGUGGACCAUGAUAAUACGCGCGGCCACGAGUACGAGAAAACGCGGCUAGAGGAUGGCGAUGGCGCUCAUGUGAUCGCGGACGAGAAGAAUGCUGGAGCUAGUGAGGCCGCCCGUCAAUUUGCAACCAGGAGUGCUGUCGGAGCUUUUUUCGCGGACCGCUACCCCCGCAUGGACCGCAUGGCAAACGCGCACGACUGGCAGUAUAGCAAUGGUGACGCGCUCGUGACAAUCAACAACGCGCCGACUCUGCUGCAAUAUGAGAGCGUUAGGUGGCAAAUUGGGAAAAUGGACACGACAUGUGAUUUGCAUAUCAUAAUCUAAAAUAACUACAUAAACAAAGAUGACGCCAUGGCAUGCUGCAGAAACAGAAACAGAAUCACCAUUCCCACGCGUCGCAUGACAUUCUUUUCCGAGAGACUGAGACAGAGAUAGCGCGUCCUGCUUUCAUCUAUAGCAAAGAUAGGGUUGCAACUAUAUCCUGUCAUGCUCAACUUGUAGUUAAGUACAAAGACAAACCCGUCUAGGUGAUCUAUGAGCAGCCUUCAAACAGGCCGGGCUUGGAAGUUGCCAGCCUCACUAUCUUACCUGCUCCGUUGCGGCAAGAAAUAGAUACGGUUGUAAAUAAAAAAAUGCAAAGGCAGCUUCACCAUCACCGCUGAAGAAUUGAAGGGAACUAGGCCUCACUUCAACAUCAGCAUCCGUUGGAAUUUUGCAUGGCAGUGCCAAAGAACUGUGCGUGCGUGGCAGUUCAUUCAUUGCGAAGCGUCUCCAUCUUAUCAAUUUCCAGCGUGGCGCUUCCAUGUGUCAGCAGCCGAAAAUAUUCUUCUACGGAUGCGCGCCGCGACAGCUGCGCACCUCAAGUUUGACGAGGACACGGCAGCAAGCGGAAAGCUCUUGCUUUCGCGGGAUUCAGAGGGAAGUGAAGUCGCUGCGCAACUGCUGAGGCUCUACGGGCGGGAGACAAACUUCACGGAGUUCGAUUCCAAAUUUGCCGCAGCCACUGCAAGCCGAACUGCCACACUAGAGGCCGAAGGCUUUGGCCUGCGUGCGCACGUCCUCGCGUUUUUCGAUAAGUUUAGUUCCGCGCCCUCGUUGCCCAGUAUCGCGCUUCUGAGCCAGCCGCUGCGGGUUUCUCGGGAAGCUUCGAACGUGCCGAACCAGAUCCAACUCCUUUGGGCCCUGGAACUCGAGCAAGCGUCCUUACACAAAGUAGGAAGACAGAACGUGCGACGUGAGAGCGCGGCCAGCGCCCAAGUGGAUUCGGACGUCCUCGAGUCUGCCGCAGCUGUGGGAUUGCUUAUGCCGUCCGGACAAGGCUUUUCGCAUGCGACUCCUACUCUGGACACCGAGACACUCCAACAUCUGCGCACGGUUUUCCAGGAGGUGCGUGUACCAUGUGCAAAAACGUUUCCGCCCCCCAUGGCCGUAAUGCGAACUCUCUCAGGCAAUAAAUUUAAAUGAACAUGAAGUAGAACUGGAAAGCGUCGACGUAGUCGCGCAUCAGUCGCGGAGGUUGGUGGUUCGUAGCAUAGUCGUGAUGGAGACACAUGCGCGUGGCUGGUUGUGAUGCGAAUUCAUUCUGAUUCAUCUCUCGUCCUGAUUUCUAGACAGAUAUAAUUAAUAUAUAAUAUAGAUUAAUAAAGAAAGCGCGACGCAAUGAAAUUUCAAGAGGGAGUCUGCGUGCACUAUGCGCAGCCAGGAAACUACACAUCUCAGAGGGAGCGAGCCGGCGCCUGAAGACGUCGCACUUUCUUGGCGCGCAAUCUUGCGCGGCGGCUCUUGUUGAGCGGGGAAGUACGUUUUUGAGGUGGAUAGUGCGCGAACGAACGUCGGCGCGCUGAAGCAAGCGAAGCCGCUCAGCGAGAGAAGGGGUACGAUGCCCAUGAUUUGCUCCACACAGGGGACCUCACAGCACCUGUUCCAUCACUGAUGCUUAAGGAUACGGAUUCUCUAUCGUCUUCACCCGGAACGUUCGCAGUACACCUUGCAGAGAACGAGACUAGUGACCUUUCUCACCUGCCACAAGAAGCAAUGCGCCCCGCGCACAUGUUCGCGAGACCGAUGACACCUGGACGAGUACGCCGAACUGCGGCGCUCGGGGCCGCAAUCUCAUCCGACGCACCAUUGCCCUCACGUACCGCAGGUGCGGCCGAUUAUAAUCAAAUCUGGAACUACCCAGCCCCGUGGUCGCCCGAAGAAGCACAAAUCUGUGAAAGGCAUCGCCGCGCAGUCACGUCGAAGCAGCCCGUGACCCCGCGGGUGAUGGCAAAGGCGCUAGAAAAGAUCCUUUCCGGGAUGACUUUUGCCGGCUUGUCGCAUGUGCUGGUAAAAGUCAGCAAGCUUGCACUUGCUGCCGCAGGGGAGGAGUUGGGUAAUUUCUGGCAGGAGCACGCACUGCCCAGCAUCCGACACCUGCUGCGGCCGAGUCGUUGGGACAUCGAUCCGAAGAAGUGGGCGUCUACGGUCCAGACUGCAGCCGAGCGCUUUGCGGCAGAUUUAGGAAGCGUUGCCAGCGCGGUUGGUGACGGUGUGGUGGACAAGCUGCACGAAAUGCAGAGCAUCUUGAUUCACGAGGACGCUAGUAAAAGGAACAUCUGUUCGGCGAAUUCGAAAAGCAAGUCAUCGCUCCGCUGCAGUGCGUUACUUCCCAAUAGCGAAAAAGAUCCAGGGUUCAACCCGUGCUACGACGCCAAGCACGGUGCGCAGUUUGACCCAGAUCGUUGCUGCACCGCAGGAAAAGGGCGCGAAACUUCUUUUCUGGGCGAGACGCUCGAAGAAAGGGCGGAUGAUAUUAUCGAGGAGCAGCAUUGCCGGGCUGUCGUGAACAGCAUCCGAUGGCUCCAGAAAAGAGAAUGCGAAUUGCACACGGUCUACUUCAAUGAAACGCAUCACUGCUUGAAUCGCAACGGUCAAAAUUACAAAAAAGGCGACGACUGCUAUGAAGUUGCAGGAUCUGAGGAGCAGAUGUGUCAGUCCGCGAUUACCUGGUCGGGGUACGAAUCCUGCUGUUCCCACAACGGGGGAAUCAGUUUAUUCGGCGCCAAUAUUCCUAAUCCCAUGCCGUUCAGAUGAAAAUCCAACUUUUUGAGUUUGAAUUUUGCAGAGAGUUGCGCUAAAAACACUAGGAGUAUAUUUUCGACAGUCGACACCUAACAAAUUCUAAUUCAUAACGAAGAAAGCAACAAACUAAAGCUAACCUUGCUUCACCAACAGAGUAGAAAAGGAAUGAAAGAAUAUACGCAAGAGCGCUCUUUGAGAUCGCUCGUGAAGAUUAUCCUCGAAAGUCAUAUCAUCUAUUCAUGAAAUUGAAAAGUACACUCACAACACUUUCGUUUUCGUUACACUCAAAGGCAGUAGGUUUUCACAAAGCUUCGACUUUCUCAAACUUCUAAUGUAUACCCCAUUUGCCAGUAGCUCGAAGCAAGCAAAAUGAGAAAAGCACGACCUUAGGACUACGUAAAAAUCAGUAUGGGUCGGAGGUCAGAGCUUUAGGGCAGUGAGCCGCAUGGGUGAUCGAGUUGUCGAUCCUUGACCUCUAGACCAAAGAAUAGGACUAACAAGUCCCGGCUCUUGUGCGUGUGCUGGUAGUUCCGGCCUGUUCC